AUGGCCAGGCGCCUCUGGGUGCCCUCCCAGUACACCGCCCGGCCUUUCCGCUGGGCAGGGGGCCCCAACGGGACUGACUCCCUGGCCACCCUCUUUGCCUUCCGCAACCGCUCGCCCUUUUUCCCCGCCGACCUGGACGUGGACGACAUGGGCGACUUCGAGAGUGGCAGCCGCUACGAGGGGGAGUCCCAGAGCCGGCUGGCGAAGGCCCUGCUGAUCGUGGCCUACUCCGUCAUCAUCUGCAUCUCCCUCUUUGGCAACCUGGUGGUCUGCCACGUGGUGGCCAAGAACAAGAGGAUGCACUCGGCCACCAGCCUCUUCAUCGUCAACCUGGCCCUGGCCGACAUCAUGAUCACCAUCCUCAACACCCCCUUCACGCUGGUGCGAUUUGUCAGCAGUACCUGGGUUUUUGGGAAACUGAUGUGCCACAUCAGCCGGUUUGUCCAGUACUGCUCUGUUCAUGUGUCAGUGCUGACCCUUGCAGCGAUCGCUCUGGACCGCCAUCAGGUUAUCAUGCAUCCCUUGAAGCCCCGCAUGUCCAUCGUGAAAGGAGGAAUUUGCAUCAUCAUCAUCUGGGUGAUGGCCAGCUGUUUCUCUCUGCCACACGCAAUCUACCAGAAGCUGAUAUGGUUUCCUAAUGGAAACAGAACAAUACGAAUGGCUUGCCUCCCCAGCUUCCCACCUCCAACUGACCUUUUCUGGAAGUACCUAGAUCUGACUACCUUUGUCCUUCUGUACCUUCUCCCUUUGUUGGUGAUCUCCAUCACUUACGCCAUGGUUGCCAAGAAGCUCUGGAUGAGGAAUGCCAUCGGCGAUGUGACCAUGGAGCAGUACUACGCCCACCAGCGCAAGAAGAGAAUGACUCUGAAGAUGCUUAUGGUAGUCGUAAUGGUCUUUGCCGUUUGCUGGUUCCCCCUCAAUUGCUAUCUGGUUCUCAUGUCUAGCAAGGCAAUCCACAGCAACAACGCCCUUUACUUCGCUUUCCACUGGUUUGCCAUGAGCAGCACCUGCUACAAUCCCUUCAUCUACUGCUGGCUGAAUGAGAGCUUCCGCUCAGAGCUGAAGUCCCUGCUGGGCGUCUGCUGGCGGAAGGAUGUCUCCGGGAAUCAUGCCCGGCAGUCCGUAUCACCUCCUUUCAGACAUGCCUGGGAUGAGAAUUGCCACUGCAAACAAGACGACACCUCUCAGCACACAAGGGAGGAGUCCCAUAGGCAUUCAGCCAGGACAGACAUCUCUAUAGUUCAGCCAAUUAUGACAGGAAGAAGCUAACUUUCUGGGUGAGCCAUCUUCCUGGGCUUUGAAUGGAGAGUGCCUCAGUUGUGCCUGCAGAGAGAGCGCAAGCACAUUUGGGAAAGCAGCAAAUCUUCAUUUGAUAGCUGAGCUUUGCAGAAACCAGGACGUGGUGCCUUUUGACCCCAGAAACCCAUUAAUGCUUAGAAUGCACUGCUACAAUGCACCACUUAGAUAGUACAGAAAAUCAUUUUAAAAAUACAAUUUCCAAAUAAAAUUCCAUGCCAUUCACCAUAGGACCAAGGUCUCAAGUGCACCUCUGUAUGAAGUUUGAUUUGGAAACUGCAGUUUAAGAUAUAACUUUUGUCCCGGUCCACCAGCCCCGGGAUGAUCCUUCACAACCCCAGAGGCAUACCCACACCCCAACUCACCCCAGGAAUGACGGACGAGCCGGGGAGGAUCGACGGCACAACCCCCCACAAAGGGCGCGGCACGGCGGGGCGACUCCCGAGAGCCCAGGCAAGACGUACAGUGCUGGCAGGGCGAGACCCACCCAGCGCACUCCCUUGAGAGGCGCGAAGCAGGCCCCACGGGGCGGCAACAGAAGGCACCCAGCGGCGUGGCCUCAGGCAGAGAAGACCGCCUCCAGCCCACCGCUUACCAC